UGAGUAGCUCCCUUUUCGCUUAAAUAAGGAAAUCACUGGAGCAAAAUCAAGGAAAGAAUAAGAGAAGAACCCGCGUGAAGGGAUCGUUGCUGGAUCGGAGAAUGUCUUGAUUCCAUUCGAAGUUGACAUUCUUUGUUUCACUGAAAUCGAUUGGAAGCGAGAGAAGUCAUUAGUUUAAGGAAAAUUCAGACAUGUCAGCUCUCUUCAAUUUCCAUUCAUUCUUAACAGUGGUGCUGUUGGGAAUUUGUACAUGCACUUAUCUGAAGAUGCAUUUUCCGGCUAUUCUUGAGCAGAGAACAGGGUUUCGUGGUUUCUUUUGGAAGGCGGCAAGAAUUGGUGAACGGUUAAGCCCCUGGAUGGCUGUGGGAUGCUUCUCAAUGGGUGUGUCAAUAAUAUUUUUCUGAGCUAGAACCAUCCUGUCUGUGAGAAGUAAGCUUUGUUUUUCUUCUUAUGGAUCUAUAUUUCACCCACCCCAAAAUAGAUCGUGAAAUGGACUCCUUGAUGAUAAUUGUACCAACACUUUUAAACGAACUGAUUCAAGAGGCACUUUAGCAUCUUUGUACAAUUUGGUGAUAUAAUUUCUUGUUGGUAAUUUUCUUUUUAGAGAGA